CAACGAAUACGGAUUGGGGGCCCGUGAACAAUGACGCCGUUGACACGUUCCUUGAAAGUGAGCAACUGAUCCCGUUCGAUGACGACGAAUUUCAGAAUUUCAGUCUGUGGUGUUGGAAGGCCAGUGACCCUAAACGUUGUAGGACCGCCUCGACUAUGAGUCCCGAAAUCGAUUCCUCCGUCAAACGCGAACCACUCCUAAGAAGCAAAUACGAUGAGACGGAGAAUCACCUCAAACAUACCAAAAUCCUACAGCUCCUGGAGUUCUGUCUCAGGACGUACUUCAAGGUUGACGUCCUACAACGGUUAGACGCUGCUUUUUCAACACCACAGACUGAAAUUCUGGGCGCGGUAUGUGGAUGGUACCUUUGUCGUCAUCGAAUGGGAUCAGUUGCUCACGUUCAAGGAACGUCUCAACAGUGUCAUGUUUCACGGGCCCCCAAUCCAUAUUCGGCGCUAAGGCCCAAUUUGACCAAAGCAAGUGGCCAUUUGGGGAGCGCAAAGGCCACCCCAUCGUCUUACGCCAACAACCGGGUACCAUGUGGCCGAGCAGUAAUCUAA